AUGAUAUCUCUUAAUGAACCUUCGCGCUGUGCUGUCAGUCACUCUACCGCCCCGCCGCGCACUCUACCGCCCCGCCCCGCACUCUACCGCCCCGCCCCGCACUCUACCGCCCCGCCCCACACUCUACCGCCCCGCCCAACACUCUACCUACCCGCACUCUACCGCACCUCCCCGCACUCUACCGCAUCGUCCCGCACUCUACCGCACCUCCCCACACUCUACCGCACCGUCCCGCACUCUACCGCACCUCCCCGCACUCUGCCGCGCCGCCCCGCACUCUACCGCACCGCCCCGCACCUCCCCACACUCUACCGCACCGCCGCGCACUCUACCGCACCGCCGCGCACUCUACCGCCCCGCACUCUGCCGCGCCGCCGCGCACUCUACCGCACAGCCGCGCACUCUACCGCCCCGCCGCGCACUCUACCGCCCUGCCCAGCACUCUACCGCCCCGCCCCGCACUCUACCGCACAGCCGCGCACUCUACCGCACAGCCGCGCACUCUACCGCACAGCCGCGCACUCUACCGCCCCGCCGCGCACUCUACCGCACAGCCGCGCACUCUACCGCACAGCCGCGCACUCUACCGCACCGCCCCGCUCUCUACCGCACAGCCGCGCACUCUACCGCACAGCCGCGCACUCUACCGCACAGCCGCGCACUCUACCGCACCGCCCCGCUCUCUACCGUACAGCCGCGCACUCUACCGCACCGCCCCGCUCUCUACCGCACAGCCGCGCACUCUACCGCACCGCCCCGCUCUCUACCGCACAGCCGCGCACUCAACCGCACAGCCGCGCACUCUACCGCACAGCCGCGCACUCUACCGCACAGCCGCGCACUCUACCGCACAACCGCGCACUCUACCGCACCGCCGCGCACUCUACCGCCCCGCCGCGCACUCUACCGCACCGCCGCGCACUCUACCGCACCGCCCCGCACUCUACCGCACCGCCGCACACUCUACCGCACCGACCCGCUCUCUACCGCACAGCCCCGCGCACUCUACCGCACCGCCCUGCUCUCUACCGCACAGCCGCGCACUCUACCGCACCGCCCCGCACUCUACCGCACCGCCGCGCACUCUACCGCACCGCCCCGCUCUCUACCGCACAGCCGCGCACUCUACCGCACCGCCCCGCUCUCUACCGCACAGCCGCGCACUCUACCGCACCGCCGCGCUCUCUACCGCACAGCCGCGCACUCUACCGCACAGCCGCGCACUCUACCGCACAGCCGAGCACUCUACCGCACAGCCGCGCACUCUACCGCACCGCCCCGCUCUCUACCGCACAGCCGCGCACUCUACCGCACAGCCGCGCACUCUACCGCACAGCCGCGCACUCUACCGCACCGCCCCGCUCUCUACCGCACAGCCGCGCACUCUACCGCACAGCCGAGCACUCUACCGCACAGCCGCGCACUCAACCGCACAGCCGCGCACUCAACCGCACAGCCGCGCACUCUACCGCACAGCCGCGCACUCUACCGCACCGCCCCGCUCUCUAUCGCACCGCCCCGCUCUCUACCGUACAGCCGCGCACUCUACCGCACCGCCCCGCUCUCUACCGCACAGCCGCGCACUCUACCGCACCGCCCCGCUCUCUACCGCACAGCCGCGCACUCAACCGCACAGCCGCGCACUCUACCGCACAGCCGCGCACUCUACCGCACCGCCCCGCACUCUACCGCACAGCCGCGCACUCUACCGCACAGCCGCGCACUCUACCGCACAGCCGCGCACUCUACCGCACAGCCGCGCUCUCUACCGCACAGCCGCGCACUCUACCGCACAGCCGCGCACUCUACCGCACAGCCGCGCACUCUACCGCACAGCCGCGCACUCUACCGCACCGCCCCGCUCUCUAUCGCACCGCCCCGCUCUCUACCGUACAGCCGCGCACUCUACCGCACCGCAACGCUCUCUACCGCACAGCCGCGCACUCUACCGCACCGCCCCGCUCUCUACCGCACAGCCGCGCACUCAACCGCACAGCCGCGCACUCUACCGCACAGCCGCGCACUCUACCGCACCGCCCCGCUCUCUACCGCACAGCCGCGCACUCUACCGCACAGCCGCGCACUCUACCGCACAGCCGCGCACUCUACCGCACAGCCGCGCACUCUACCGCACAGCCGCGCACUCUACCGCACCGCCCCGCUCUCUAUCGCACCGCCCCGCUCUCUACCGUACAGCCGCGCACUCUACCGCACCGCCCCGCUCUCUACCGUACAGCCGCGCACUCUACCGCACCGCCCUGCUCUCUACCGCACAGCCGCGCACUCUACCGCACAGCCGCGCACUCUACCGCACAGCCGCGCACUCUACCGCACAGCCGCGCACUCUACCGCACAGCCGCGCACUCUACCGCACUGCCGCGCACUCUACCGCACAGCCGCGCACUCUACCGCACUGCCGCGCACUCUACCGCCCACCUUCCCUAA